AUGGAUGAAAUACUGAAUCCUCUAAGAGAUGCCGUCGAAGGCCAAAUUGACUUCCACGGCCAGUACCUCGCAGAGCUACUUUGCACUAUUUUACUGAUUAUCUCCGGGGCUGUCAGUUUCUUCGUCGGAUUCACCUACAAAGACAUCUACCUUACAUUAUGGAGCGGCCUUGCGGGUACACUCUUCACUGCCUUUGUCGUCGUUCCCCCUUGGCCGUUUUACAACCGGCACCCUGAGAAGUGGCUUGGCUCAAAGAACGGGAAAGCAAAUCCAGGCAUAGUCGUGGACGGAGUGAAAGUGCAAUAA